AGGGAAACUGACCGCAAUAUUUAAUUGGAGUAACCAUCUGCUAUAUAUCCCAUGAUACUCAGCAAUCACGUUCUUUUUCAGCUGGGACAAAAUGGACACCAGCAAUAAUUUACCAACUGUUCCUGAGACUGUUCUCAAGAAAAGAAAAAGAUUAGAACAGAUCAAAGCAUCCAGAGCUAAAGCUUUGCUUUCUCAGAAAAAGGCAAAUAAAAAUAAGCGUAAAGUGAUCUUCAAGCGUGCUGAACAAUAUGUGAAGGAAUAUAGACAAAAAGAACGGGAUGAAAUCAGGUUACGAAGAAUGGCAAACCAAUUUGGGAAUUUCUACGUCCCUGCAGAAGCUAAACUUGCAUUUGUUAUCCGUAUCCGAGGUAUUAAUGGUGUGAGUCCGAGAGUAAGAAAGAUCUUACAACUCUUCCGGCUUUUGCAAAUUAACAAUGGUGUGUUUGUGAAGUUAAAUAAAGCUACAUUGAACAUGCUCAAUAUUAUCCAACCUUACGUGGCAUUCGGAUAUCCCAACCUCAAGAGUGUCCGAGAGUUGAUCUACAAGCGAGGAUUUGUGAAAAUCGAUAAACAACGAAUCCCAAUCACAGAUAAUUCACUUAUUGAGCAAAAUCUUGGAAAGUUUGGUAUCAUUUGUGUGGAGGAUCUGAUCCAUGAAAUUUUCACAAUUGGACCUCACUUCAAGGAAGCAAACAAUUUCCUGUGGCCAUUCAAGCUAUCCAAUCCAACAGGUGGUUUGAGAAAGAAGAGAAACCAUUUUGUCGAGGGUGGAGACUUUGGCAACCGCGAGGAAAAGAUAAAUGCCUUGAUUCGUAAAAUGAACUAAAAUCCAACUAUGAGGAGUUGCAAAUAAAGUGUUCUUACUUCUGGAA